UUGAACUUAGUACGAACGUUUGGACGUCAAAUUGACGUGGCUCUAAAUUUUAGUGUUUAGGUGUAUUUUAGAGGCUGAAAUUGCAAUGCAAAAACUUUUGCACGCAAUCGGUCCAUUAAAUUAAACGGUGAACUGGUGCUGGAACGGUGUUACAAUAUAUUGCAUCAGGUACGCACCAAGUACAUAGGCGAAACGGGAAAACGGGAAAAUCGCUCAGCGACAAACGGAGAGCGAGAGUGAGUGAGUGUGUGUGUGAGAAUAGAGGCCGAGGCCCGCAAGGCAGCGCCGUUGUUCAUUGUCAGCCAAGAAAAAAAAAAGUUUCGUUUGUUGCGUGCAAAUUUACAAAGAAUUGGUAACCAAAACUCUCACUGCAGCUGCAAUCUCCAAAGAAACGCAGAUAAAACAACUGGUGAAAACGCAGUGAAAAGUGAGUGCAUGCUUCAGUAGCCAAUUAACGAGCGUAGAAGAAGAAGAGACAACUACAAAGUGCAAGUGCUGGUCAAGUACACAGUGACACACACACGCAGCUACACACACACACGUUCCAACGCCCUUUUUCCAACGAUACAAUUAGUUUGGCAACAAGAAAGCUGCAUCUCAUGAAUUAAAAAUACGGAUCGCAGAAUGUCCGCAUAUAAUACAAAUUUAAUGCCAGCUGCGCUAAAUGGCAGCCAAGCCGGCUUGGUAAAUGGUCAGAAUGUGCCACAGCAGCAGCAGCAGCAACUACAACAGCAACAGCAACAACUUCUUCAACAGCAGCAACUACAACAGCAGCAGCAACAGCUCCAACAACAACAACAACAACAGCAGCAACAUGGAGCGCCGCUUAAGCCACAACCAACGCAGUAUCCUUUCAAUGCCACGCCCCAAAUUCCUGCGCCGCAGCCGCAAUUCGAUAGCAAUGUGAUGAACAAGUUUAUGCCGCCGCCCUUGAGUAACGGACCAGCGCCAAGUCAUCUGCCCGCUCAAGUACGUCCGCCCACGCUGAACGGACCCACGACCAUCUCGCCAGCUGCUUCGGUGGCGCCUGUAACCAAUGGCAGCAAUGGUGCCCUCAGCGCCAACUCCUCGCGCACCGCAUCGCCAGGUCUGUUGACGAACAACGUGAGCCUGGCCUCCAUGGAAGCAGCGCCGCUGCCAGCUCCAUCAGCAGCAGCGUCGCCUAAUGUGCAGUUUAUGCCGGGUCCGUUGGGCAGCACAGCAGUGCCUGUGGCUCAGGCUCAGCAGUUGUCCAAUAGGCAGCCCCAGCAGCCAUCUCCUACGUUGGGCGCCACGUUUGUGCCUCCCCAGCAGUCCGUGCAGCAGCCAGCGGUUAGCCAGGUUGGCAGCUUGGCCAGCAACUUGCAGAACAUGAAUUUGAAUCCCAGCAAUAAUAGCAUGGCGCCGUCUGUUGCCGCAUCCCUGCCACGCCGGGAUUAUCGAGGCGUCGCUGUGGGCUUGGCUGGCCCUGCUCGUCAGCUGGACAACAGUGGCGCCAAUGCGCUGCUUGCCACAAGUGACACAACGCCCAACAUGCAGAAUCCCAUGGCAUCGCCAUUCAACGCCACUGUGCCCAGCAAUCGGAGUCCGGCCAGCGUUUUUGGUGCUCUCAAUGUGACGCCAAAGGUGGCUGCCAAACCGCUUCAAGCGGACAGUCAGAAGAUAGCAUACGGUGUUCCACCACCACCAACAGCAGCAGCAGCAGCAGCAACGGAGCAGAACAACAACAACAUGCAGCGGACAGCGCCACCGCCGGCAGCGCAACGUCCUGGGCAACCACAGUGGCAGCUUCCGAAUCCUCAAGUGCUGCAGAAAAUGGUGCCGCCAUUAACACAAGCUGUGCCGUCGCAGGUACUGUUGCCGCCUUUUGGGCCACCAACAAUCGCAGAGAAGCAGCAGCAGCAGCAACAACAGCAGCAACCACAGCAACAGCAACAACCACAACAACAAUAUCCAUAUAAGCAGGCUUAUCCCCAGACAAUGCCUCCACAGCAACAGUUGCCACCACAACAGCAACAUUUGCCUCCCCAGCAGCAACAGUUGCCGCCACAACAGCAACAUUUGCCUCCCCAGCAGCAACAGUUGCCACCACCACAGCAACAACAUUUGCCUUCCCAGCAGCAACAGUUUCCACCACAACAACAACAACAUUUGCCGCCACAGCAGCAACAUAUACCACUCCAGCCGCAACAGUUGCCGCCUCCAGGCAUGUUUGGAGCCCAGCAGAUGCCCAGCAAUGCUCCAUUGCAGUAUCAAGCGCAGGGAGCAGCAACAGCGCCUCUAAGUGUUGCCCAGCAAGGAUUCAGUCGACUGUGGGGACAGGACACCAUUGAUCUGAUGCAGAACAGGCAUAUUUUAACGCCGGCAACGUUGGCGCCACCAAAAGUGGUGCUGCAUAAUCAGUUCCACGAGUCCAUCAACUGCAAUCCGAGCAUCAUGCGUUGCACUCUGGCCAAAAUCCCCGAGAGCAAUUCGUUGCUGCAAAAGUCUCGUUUGCCACUUGGCAUUGUCAUUCAUCCAUUUCGAGAUGUCAACAGCUUGCCUGUGAUUCAGUGCAUCAAUAUUGUACGUUGCCGACUGUGCCGCACCUACAUAAAUCCCUUUGUCUAUUUUGUGGACAGCAAAAUGUGGAAGUGCAAUCUCUGCUAUCGCGUUAAUGAGCUGCCCGAGGAUUUCCAGUUUGAUCCGGCCACAAAGACGUACGGCGAUGUGACACGUCGACCCGAGGUGCGAUCCAGCACCAUUGAGUUCAUAGCGCCAUCGGAGUACAUGCUGCGUCCUCCACAGCCGGCCAUGUAUCUGUUCCUGUUCGAUGUCUCGAUCAUAGCUCAGCAGAGCGGUUAUCUGGAGGCCGCCUGUUCGGUGCUUAAUCGACAUUUGGAUGAGAUGCCGGGCGAUGCGCGCACCCAAGUGGGAUUUAUAUGCUACGAUAGCUUUGUGCACUUUUAUAGCAUGGCCGAGGGUCUGAAUCAACCGCAUGAAAUGACACUAUUGGACAUUGAUGAUCCGUUCCUGCCGCGACCAGACAGUUUGCUGGUCAAUCUAAAGGAGUGCAAGGAGCUGGUGCGGGAUCUGCUGAAGCAGUUGCCCAAACGAUUUGCGCACACGCAUGAUCCCGGCUCGGCGUUGGGUGCUGCCCUCCAGGUGGCCUUCAAGCUGAUGCAAGCAUCUGGCGGUCGUAUAACCGUCUUUCAAUCGUGCCUUCCCAAUAAGGGACCUGGGGCGCUGGAGCCGCGCGAAGAUCCCAACAAUCGAUCGGCCAAAGAUGUGGCGCAUCUGAAUCCAGCUACGGAUUUCUACAAGCGCUACGCUCUCGAGUGCUCUGGCUAUCAGAUAGCAGUUGAUAUGUUUCUGAUGAAUCAACAGUAUAGCGAUAUGGCCACCAUCUCUGGCGUUAGCAAACACAGCGGUGGUUGCGUGCACCACUUCCCGCUCUACCAGAAGACCAAGCAGCAUAUGGUGGACUCGUUUAGGCAGUGCUUCAAGCGUUAUCUGACCCGCAAGAUUGGCUUCGAGGCUGUGAUGCGGAUACGCUGCACACGCGGCUUGCAGGUGCACACAUUCCAUGGCAACUUCUUUGUGCGCAGCACGGAUCUGUUGUCGCUGCCCAAUGUCAAUCCGGAUGCGGGCUAUGGCAUGCAGAUAUCGUACGAGGAGAGUCUCACCGAUGUGAAGACCAUUUGCUUCCAGGCUGCCUUGCUCUACACGAACAGCGAAGGAGAGCGACGCAUUCGGGUGCAUACGGUCUGCCUGCCGGUAACUGCAUCCUUGCCGGAGGUGAUGCACUCCGCUGACUCGGAAGCCAUUGUCGGUUUGCUCUCCAAAAUGGCUGUGGAUCGUUCAAUAGCAUCGAAUCUUUCCGAUGCCCGCGAUGCCUUCAUCAAUGCGACCAUCGACGUGUUCAAUGCAUUUAAGAUUGCACAAAAUCUUCCAUCUGGCCAAUCUGGACAGUUGAUAGCUCCACGCAGUCUGGCCCUCUUGCCACUCUACAUUCUAGCGCUGCUCAAGCACCCCGCUUUCCGUGUGGGCACAAGCACGCGUCUGGAUGAUCGUGUGUAUGCAAUGGACUGCAUGAAAACGCUGCCGCUGGACCAGCUCAUGAAAUACAUCUAUCCGGAGCUGUAUAAAAUCGAUGGACUUAUCUAUCAUGCGCGCAACUCCAACGUGAGCACGACGCAAGACGACGACGACGAUGAUGAUGAUCUUUUGCCAGAGGUUCCACGUUUGCAAUUGUCUGCGGAACAUCUGGACUCACGUUCGAUAUUCCUGAUGGACUGUGGCUCGCUGUUAAUGAUAUAUGUGGGCAUUAACGUACCUACCGAUGUUCUACAGACAUUGUUUGGCAUCAGCUCGACGGCAGAAUUGUCGGAUUAUGUUUAUGGCUUACCCAAUGUUGUCAGCGCUGAGAAUGAUGUGCUAAAGCGUUUCAUAUUGCGUCUGAACUACGAUAAGCCCUAUGCGCCUCUAGUGCAAAUCAUCAGGGAUACGAGCACGGCGAAGGCUCAAUUUAUUGAGAGAUUAACGGACGAUCGCAGUGAAUCUAGUUUGUCAUACUAUGAAUUUUUGCAACACAUUCGGGCUCAGGUUAAAUAGUAUAUAAGCAGAAAAUCCUACUACUAUUGUAUACAACAUAAAUAUGAGUUUCUACGAACCUAAAAAAAAAAACUCUGGUGACUAAAAAACGACUCAACUCGACUAAAUGCAGGCGGGCCAGGCGAUUCAACUGCUACCAGCCAAUUAAUAAGGAAAUGUAGAGAUGUAAACAAUGGAGAGUGUUAAAUAUAAUAAUAUAGUUAACUAGAUAACAUCAAGUGUUGCACUUAAAAAAUCAAGUGCAAACACUGCCACGAGAUCAAUCUAUGCUCGUUCGCAAAAAAAAACAAAGAGUUGUGUCCUUGGCUUAGAUAAUUUUAAAAGUGCAUGUAUUUAUUUAUAUUUGUUGAUUUGUUGCACUAAAAAUAAUACAAAACAAAAAUCACCACCUACAAAUAAUUAAUUCAAUAAAUCGAUGCAAUGAAAGUCAAAUCCUGUCACAACACACAUUUAGUAGUCCUCAUAGCCUGCAAAUACUAGUUAGAAGAGUCAAGAGCAAAGUUAUUUAUUAUAGCAAUAAACAGAAAUUGUACAAUUGUUUUAGUUUAUUAGUCACAUUUGCUUUGCGUUUAUAAAAACAAAGCUUUACAAUUCUAAACAAUUGUUUUACUUUCCCCGUCUUCUAAUUUAUAUAUUUUACUAAUAUUUAGCUGCUUGCAACAUUCACACAGACACAUUGUUAUUGUUUUUUUUUUUUUUAAUUUUGCCCUUUAGCUGUUUUCAGUAGUAUUUAUUUUCCAAAAAAUAAUUUUACAUAUUUAUAUUUAAGUUGUCGGUAUGACUAAAUCGAUGGUGUCGAGUUUAUUGCGAGUUACGUGUAGUUCAUUGUAGUUAGCCAACUUAAUUCAAUGAUUGUAUUGGGAACAGAUAGAUAUUUGGUAUUGUGUGCAUAAUGCAUUGGACUGCUAUGGAAUGUUUGUCUUAAGCUGAAAAACAAAAUAAAAUAUACAUAAUAAAUCAGUAUACAAAA